AUGCCACUCACUAUUCUCUCCGGCUCGAACCUCCGCGAACUACUACACUCCCUCUCCCGCGACGAGAUCCGUACUCUCCAACUAAACCUCUCCGAGGCGCUUCGGGAGUAUUCGACGGGUGCCCAAGAUAAGGGCUGUUCGGCUACAUACCAACCUCAGCGAACUGCGAUCACUCGUCAAAAUGGCUGCACAACCUUGUUCAUGCCUGCCACCACAGGCCAAACCCUGGGGAUCAAGAUGAUCUCACUUCAGGAUGGCGGGGUAGCGGGGUGUCAAGUUGAGAAGAGCGGGUAUGACGGUAACGAGAGUGAUUCUGGGUCACGACGACGAGCCUCAAACCGAAACUCGGUUGCCUCACUCUCUUCGGAGAUGAGUGACCUCUCAGUGGGGUCUUCCCAGGAGGACGGCGGCUCCGUGAGCCCCACGGUCACAACUGGAAGUGGGGACAACAGCAGCACGGAUAGCUCGACACUCCUCUCCGGGUGUGUCAAUCAACAGCCCGUCACUGCCAACUUUUCUAAGACUCUUGGCGCUUGGCCUGGGGCGGGGACUCGGGAUACUUCUCCGCGGGGCAGUGUCACGCUUCUCGAUGGGGAAAGUCUCCCGUUUGCCUUGAUUAACGCCCAUGAGCUUACGGCGUUCCGCACAGCAUUAGCGUCAUUGAUGAUCUUCAAUAAGCGAAAGAAGGUACGCACGCUCUUGGUGUUUGGUGCUGGCACGCAAGCAUAUUGGCAUAUUCGACUAGCAAUGACACUGCGUGGCGAUGAGAUCCGUCGCGUAUACAUUGUCAAUCGAUCUUUUGAUCGUGCCGCAAAACUUCUCAGAGAUAUCUACCUACCUGAGAAUUCCGACUGGAGAGGCGAUGUGAAGUUCUCCGCGGUUAGUAGUGACUUUGGUGAUUUCAAUCGCAUCUUAAAAGAACAUGUUCGAAAAGCAGAUGCGAUUUUCUGCUGUACACCAUCUUCCACACCUCUCUUCCCAGCAGAGUUCCUCACAUCCCGCGAGGGUCGACAGAAGGGCCGUCUCAUUGUCGCAGUUGGUUCUUACAAGUCCCACAUGACUGAAUUACACCCGGAUAUCCUCCGCGAUGAAGUUGACAUCCAGCCUCCGCAUCGACACUUCCACAAGCAUACCCGACGUAGUGGAGUGAUUAUCGUGGACAGUCUCGAUGCUGCUAUCAAGGAAGCUGGAGAGAUCGUGCAAGCUGGUGUGAAGCCCAAUCAAUUGGUCGAGCUAGGCGAGCUUCUGAUGGUGCGCCAUGCUACACUCAAUGAGGAUGGUCAAAGUGAAGAAAAGAGCCUGGUCGACUGGUUCGAGAAGGGCAACGUUAUCUACAAGAGCGUUGGGCUGGGCCUGAUGGAUCUGGUUACUGGUGGAGAUCUGGUACAAUUGGCGCGGGCGCGCAACUUGGGCACCACGGUAGAGGACUUCUGA